GCGACCGCGUCGCUGUACGUGUCUCCGCAACCGCCGCCGCUGCCGCCUGUGCGAAGUGUAAAGCGCGAGAACCGGGUUUGUAAGUUUUCGUCGUCCGCGGUGAGCACAACUCGUAACUCGCGCGGCGAGCCUCGUUCGUUUAGAGAUCGUUUUCCGCUGAGAGCGCGCGCGGCCGGCGAGAAAACGCGCCAUUUUUUCUCGCCUCUCGAGGGGGUUGUGGGGAGGGUGAGGCGAGUUGUUCAAACUCCUUUGAGCCGGAGGGGCUUCGCUUGAAAUAUUUUUUUUCGAAGUGCGCGCGUGCGAGUAAACGCGUGUGUGGGGGAAGCGCACUUUUGCUGGCUCCGUGCGCUCCGUGCGUCUGUGCUCCGUGUGCUGUGUCAAGUUCUCGUCGUUUCUUCGGCGGCGGGAAGAAUAGAAAAGGAUUCCCGGACACGGGCUCCCGCGGCUCGUUUCGGCGCCCUCUGCACGUUCCCUCCAUUCUUUUAACCUCGAACGACCUUCGAAGAACAACUUUGAUGCAACGGGCUCCGCGACCCCCGUUGCUGAUACGACCAACCCCAUUUUCACGCAAUGGCACCCUCCACUGAAAACAAAAGCGAGUGCUGCGACUCGCCCUCGCAACGGAACGGACACCUUGCUCCCAAAACUGAGGAAAUACCGCUCCAGAGUCGCAACGAUAACAACAAUGAGGGGAUCGAGGUGGAGAUGGUUGUCCCGCCGGAUGGAGGCUGGGGCUGGGUCAUAGUUGCAGCUUCCUUCAUGUGCAAUCUUUUCGUCGAUGGAAUCAUCUCCAGCUUCGGUAUUUUUCUCACCCAAAUUUCGGAGAGUUUUGGAGAGACGAGGGCUCGUGUCGCUCUCGUUGGAUCCCUUCAAACGGGCUUUUAUCUCAUGGCUGGACCAUUUGUUUCGGCACUGGCGAACCGAUACGGAUUUAGACUCGUCGCGAUUUUAGGGAGCGUAGUCAGUUGCCUAGCCUUCAUUCUGUCCUACUUCAGUUGGUCAGUCGAGUACAUGUACAUCACAUACGGCGUCUUGGGGGGAAUCGGAGUGGGGCUAAUUUAUGUCCCCGCAGUGAUAACGACGGGUUUCUAUUUCGAAAGAUGGCGGGCACUCGCAACGGGAAUUGCGGUUUGCGGUUCGGGAAUCGGUACUUUCGUCCUUGCGCCAGUCUCGGAAUUGCUGAUCAACCAAUUCGGCUGGAGGGGGGCGCUCCUUUUCCAAGCAGGCAUGCUGCUGAAUUGUGCAACUUUCGGCGCAAUGUUCCGGCCUCUCAAACCCACUCGAAUCAAAGUGGAACAGACUCAAGAACAAGUCGGAGCUGAAGUCAAGAGCCCGCUGAUGGGCAAGGGCGCUUCCACCACUUCUCUACACGCCAAUCACCCAAUCCGCAAUCGUUUCUUCGGCACCAACAACAACACCGAAUAUCCGACCGCCGCUCAGCUCCUCAGCAGUCAUCCGGAUAUCGCAAAUACAUCAAUGCACUCGUUACACCAUGUCGAAUCUAGGCUGGAAAAGCAGCUUAGUACCUCGGAGAAACGGCUCUCUGCACCGAUAUACCCAGAUUCUGUGGUCAUCACUGGAGAAGAGAUGAAAUCCGUCGAGGAGGAAAAUAAUUUACUUAGCGGUGACCUGGAACGUCUCAACGGAAGAAUCCCCACGAUCAGAAGACACACGAUAAGCGGUCGCCGGCUCGGGCUCGAGGAGGGAAGCGAAAAGUCGUUCAAAAUGAUCCACAAGCGAAAUUCCAGCAGCAGGGAUCCCCAGAGACCGUUUUACAGGGACGACAUUUUUUAUGGCGGUUCCCUCCACAGGCUGCCUCACUACAAGUCCCAGUUGUCAUCGGUCGGCUAUCACAUGUCGGUAACACGGUUGCCAACGACGAACGAUGUCGAGGAGGAGGAAAGCGGAAGCUGUUAUAUAUGUCCGGAGAGCGUGCGCCGGAUCCUGACGACGAUGCUCGACCUGAGCCUCUUGAAGAGUCCAUCAUUUCUCAUUCUGGCGAUAAGCGGUGGUCUCACCAUGAUGGGAUUCUACACCCCGCUCGUCUAUCUGCCAGAUCGUGCCCAGUUGAGCGGAAUAGACACUUCGACGGCCAUGUUCCUCGUGUCCGUUAUCGGGAUCGGCAACACAAUCGGCCGUGUCGUUUGUGGAAUCGUUAGCAGUUUUCCCGGAGUCGAUGCUCUUCUCAUCAACAAUGUAUUCAUAAGCAUCUGCGGAAUCGCGACGAUAUGCUCGGGGCUCUCGCCGACGAAGGAGUACCAAUUUUUCUAUGCUGCGAGCUUCGGUCUCAGUAUAUCGGUGUUCGCGUCCCUCAGGUCGAUAAUAGUGGUGGAUCUAAUGGGUCUGGAGAAAUUGACAAACGCCUUUGGUUUGCUUCUACUUUUCCAAGGACUGGCUGCAGCGGUUGGAGCUCCACUGGCAGGUGCGUUUAUGGACGUGACCGGAAAUUACGACGCCUCGUUCUACAUAUCGGGAGCGCUGAUUCUUCUCUCCGCAAUAAUUUGCUAUCCUCUGAAGCGGGUGAACGACUGGGAGAAGAGAAGGAGCGAGACACGAGUCACGAAUUCGUCGCAGUCAUGAUCCCCGAGAGAAUUCACGGCGACGCUCGAGCCCUCGUUCCUCCACAAUUAUCAAACGAAGAAAAGGAGGAAGAAGCUGAAGCAGGAGGAAGAAAACAGAAAUUAUCACUCCAAGAGCGUUAAGACUGCGUUUCGUUCAAAAAAAUGAUGCACGAAGCGAUUCGUUUAAGAAAAAAAAAAAAACACUGUUUUGCUCAUACGUACGUGCCUUGGGGGAUCAGAAUACAAGAAUAUGCAUUUAUAGAGAAAAUGGAAAAGCCUCGGAGCCGUGGCUCCGAGUCGGUUGGACCAGACGUUUCUCUCGUGAGUGCUAAAGUAGCGUUGGAGUGCGAGGAUCAACAUUUUUAUGUAGUUAGCAACAGUGGACGGUUACUUUCUAGUUGAGACGUUAGUCGAUUACGUAAUUCGAGUCAACUUCCGUCGAGCUCGAGGACAAACUCGAGUGCGCUCUUUCGCUCGAGCACAAAUUUGAGGUUGAACUCGCGAGGAAAUCGAAGCGAUUAGCUUCGGAGAACGUCGACGGAGAUUCGAACCUCGGCUCAAAAGUUCACUCGUCGCUCAAGUUAAUACUCAAAUUACGAAGAUUAUUUAACUUCAAUGAAGAUUCAACUUGAUUCUACUUGCCUGUCACACGGUCCGGACUCAGAGGACGAAACUAAGUUCCGGACUCAUCGCGUUCGAGUCUUUUCCGCAAGUUUUUUUCCCGACCUUCCAACCGCGGUAAACAGCCUCCCAUUUAAGGGCGAAAAGCCAAUUCCGACCCUUCGAUUUAAGGGGGAAAUCCAUCGGGGGAUUCGAAAAAUGCGAGUAAGCGUCGAACGUCGACGCGGGGGGUUGGAAUUUCGGUCGGAGCGUUACUGCUCGACGAGGCUUGUCUCGCGACAGGACCGAAUAAUCGAACGGGGAACCAAACGAUAUUGCGCUCGCUCGUAAACUUUUGUCAAGAGUCGUGCACCAAUCGACGAGAACACCGAGGGAUUAGGAACGUGUGAGAAGCCGAGAAUUAAACACGCUUUUAAAGUUCGAUGUACGGGGUGUCCUGGACGAUUUCGAUUCGAGUAUUUUUCACUGAAGCAGAAAUUACUCGUUUUUCUGCAAGCCAUGCUCACUUCCGAACCUUCAUUCGAAAAUCCUCUACUCACAACGAUCCGAGGACAAAAAGUUAAGGCCACUCGAAUUGGUACGCGAGUAGCCAUCUUUUGACGUACGAAAACGAGAAAUUCUCCAAGAUUACAGAGACGAGAGCAAAGUGCUCCAGUUGAACGAAACUGGCUGCUUUGACUUUGCAACUGAUAGAAAUUCUCGAAUUUCCAGCACUCUCAGCAUCGACAGAGCGACACCUUGUAUACGACCUCGAAUGAGUAUUCCCUGAUCAUCGUUCACGCUCUGCAGUUGAACUUAACAUCCCAGUAAUACACAUUCUUGAGCCAUUCUCUCUCUCUCUCCUUCUCUUUCCGCUGCUCCACUUCGGGGCCAGUUUCUCGCGCGUUGCGAUGCAGCCCGCCCCAUAAAUCUCGAUAAUUGGACUCGCAGCUUCUUGUUUUCACUCCCCAAAACUAGAUUAACCCUUUAAACAUAUGUGGGAAUGGCUCGCGAGCGGUGUAUUGCUCCGCAUUGUUAUGAUCCAGUACAAUCACUGAAAACGGAGUGCAGACAGAGCUCUGCGCGCCGCUCAAUUCCAUUGUUCGUUUAUUGACAGAACUUGCGGUCCAGCCGCUCCGAGUCGUCGAGAAAAUCUCUUCGACUCACCGCAGCUUUCCAUGAAUUUUUCAAAAUAAUACUUCCGAACUAACGAACGUGUGCCGGAGGCUGAACCCCUCGAUCGAACCCACGAUUUCGAUUAAACUGAAAAAAAAACCAUUUUUCGAGUCUGCUAUGAAACAACGGUCACUAGGAAAAUCGUGAAAGCACAUUUUUUUAUAGAUCCUACGAUAUUGGAUCGUCUCAAGAAAAGCUCGACCAUUGAAUCAACGAAGUCAACAUUUUCUCAAGCUCGAUAAGAAUCGUAUAAAAUUAUAGCACCAAAGGAGAGAUUCGUUGAAAAGCAGCUGUGAGAUUCCAAAGCCCAAUUGUCAGUCGCUGUUAAAAAGCAGCACGAGAAUCCACUGUGAGAGUCACAUUUUCGGCUAGGAAAAAAAGGUCGAACAAAUAUCCAUGUAAAUAGCAUUUUCCUUUGAAUCCUUUUGUACAGAUUGACAAGUUGAAGAAUAUAUAUUUCAUCGUAGCGGAUAAAUAUAUAAUUUAUUCUAAGAACAAAUGUUAUCGGAGAAAUUUAUUGUUAUACGAAAUGAAGAAUAAUAUUAGAGUUAAAAAAUGACGAGACGGUAUCGUUGCGUGUCCCAUCGAAAGUGGAAUAUGGGAUUGUCAUUUUGUGAAGGGUGAAGACCAUAGAGAGCACUGCGAACGAAAAGUCGUUUGGCAUUUAUAAAAAAAGACAAUAAUUCAGUCUGAUCGAAGAAAAAUACGAAAAAAUAGACAACUAAAGUGUACGAUAUGCUUCGAGAGUUAAUGCAACUUGUAAAAUAUUUUUUCUCAUUUUCAAUCUUUCCAAAAACCACUUGCUCCUUCCAACCCCUUUCUUUACUCGUGCCUUCAAUCGCUCCACCCAAAUUGCAAUGAUCAACGAGUGUACCUGGUAUUUCGUCGUUAGGAACUCUCACUGGUGUCACUCCGUAGACGUCAUCAUUGAAAACCCUCAGUGCAAUAAUAUUUAUCUAUGAAAAAAAGGAAACUCUAGUUUACUGAUACUAAUAUUUACAUACAAUAUUGAGCUCGUUCGAAUCGAAUGCUUUAAUGCCAAUGUGUGUUUAUCGAUAAGUCGCGUACACAUCGUUUUGCUAUACAUUUAAUAUAAAUAUUAAUAUUUAUGUGCUCGUUAGUCGGGAGGGAAAAGCAGCAAGCUAGAAGCAAAAAGGUUCUUCCAUAGCGACUUUGGCACAGGGGGACGUGAACGUGUGCAUUUGAUCAUUGAAAUGGCCGAGAUCGGGAAAAGUGUUCGAGAUUAAAUCUCUUGAUUCGAGAUUCAAAUGGGACGCAUUUUCGCGAGCGACUUUUCAGCAGUCUUUGAAAAAAGUUAUGGAAUGAAAAGACAUGCAAUUUUCGAGAGUUUUAUGGUGUCAGGAAAAAAAACCACGAAUCCACUCGGAGAAUCAACGGUCCUGGCCGAGUCGCGAUAGAUUUUCUCCGCGUGUACCAUACCGAAUAACGUAUACUCGUUCGAAGCUGACAUUGAAAAUGGAACAGUUUGCUCAAAAAAUAUUGCAGUUACGUAAUUUUGAUGUUUUUUUAUCCGAUUCUUUAUCAGCUUUCCUUUCAAGCUGCCUCGAGACUGCAGACCUUCGAUACGCAACGAAAAUAAUGAUGUAAAUUUUGUAUAUUUAAGUCGCGUGUGUGAAUAAAUGGAAAUAAGUAAA